AUCUGCUAGGAAGAUAUACCUCAUCCGUUAUCUUGAAGCUCUUUCUCCUCUUUCUACGCUCAUCAGAAGCUCAAAGGAGCUUCUCUCACCUGGAUAUGAAAGUCUUCAUUCUGCUAGUCCUCAGCAUUGGACUUUGCCAAGCCCGUCCUCUCCAAGAUGAAGUGGGCUGUGAUGACCCAGAAGUUUUUGAAGCUGUGGCUAGAGCAAUAAAAGCAUUUAAUGAAGACAGAAGUCAAGGAAAUAAAUUUGCUCUCAAUGUCAUCCUUCAUGCCUACAGAACAGCAGGUCCUGGAAAAAAGUUCCAUGUCAUCUAUCAAGUAAGAGAAACUGCGUGUCCAAUUGAUGCAGAUGAGCCUUGGCAAAACUGUGAUCUUUUAGGGCUCUCAGAAGGACAUUAUGGAAACUGUACAGCUGAUAUUGAUACUGAGUCGCAAGAUUUUUCUUCCGUUUCACAGAAUUGCAAAAUUAGCCCAGGACAGGAGAAUGUAGAGCGAUCCCUUGCUAAAUGUCUGGGUUGCUGGCAUCCCAUAGACCCUAAGAGCUUGGAAGUGCUUCCUAUUGUGAGAUUCACCAUACAGCAAUUUAACAAUCAGAGUCAACACUUUGCCUUAUACGAAAUUGGAGAAAUAAACAAAGUUACACGUCAGGUGGUUAAUGGAUGGAAUUACCGUUUGGAAUAUUCAGUGAAAGAAACAAAUUGUUCCAAGAAUGAAUUUCCAGAUCUGAGUCCAGCAUGUAGACACCUUCCUGAAGGUCGAGAAGGUUCCUGUACAGUUACUGCCCACGUUGACAAUACAAACACACUGGCCCAUGCAGAACAGGAUUGCAAAGUGCAAGUUGAAGAAAAAGUGGAGCCUCCCGUUGAUGCAUGUUUUGGUUGCGUAGUCCCGAUUGCAAAGGACAGCCAAGAACUGAAGGAGCCGCUACAAGCUGCUAUAGAAUCAUUUAACGCAAAAAACAACAGUGACUUUCAUUUCAAAAUUGUAGCAAUAGGAGAAGUCACAAAACAGCUUGUGGCUGGGACAAAAUAUCGAUUUGACAUGAUAAUUCAGAAAACAAAUUGCUCCAAGAGUGAAGUGGAGAAGCUAAAUGAAGAUUGUACUGCUGCUGAAGAUGGUGAGCGGUUGUUCUGCAGAGGCUCAACUCUUGUGAGACCCUGGGAGUCGUUCAUCUCAUCUCAAGUGAACUGCAAAGGGAACGGAAUUCAAGAGGUAUUCAAAUCUUUAAUCGCCAGGGUACCUCCAGGUUUCACCCCUUUCCGAAGUAGAGUCGGGGCCACUAUUCCAAUCGAAGGACCAAGUGUUGCGGAGGAAUUCCAUCCUGAUCCGAGGGGACACCACAUUCACAAAAACAGGCGGGGCUUUGGCCAUGCCCAUGGACACAAAAAGGGCCGCAAACAUGGGCAUAAAAAGCCAACAGAGAGUUCUUCUGAAGAAGUUACAGUUUUACCACCUGUUCAAACUCCAGAUCAGCUGCCCACUUCAAAACCUUUGGUGGAACAGGAGGUUAACGGCAGAGGCCUCCAUGAAGAAAAGGUUGGGUUUCUUGAUGUCUCCCCAACACACAGCACCUCUACAGAUUCCCCCACUUUCUUAGAUCACCUGCCAGAUCUACCAGAACCACCAAAGUGUCCUGGAACACCCUGGAAGCCUAAAAGAGAUCCAGAGCCUCUGGACACCUCCUUUAACGAUUUUGACCUUUUGGAUGCUCUCCAGAAAUAAAAAAAAAGCCAGUGAGUUAUUUCUACAAAAAUGUUCUACUCUUAGAAAUGAUGAAGUUCUUGGGAUUUCUGACUGCGCAAAAGCAUAACACUUAAAUACAGUUGCAGCAAAGGUUGGCCUGCAGCAUCAGCCUGCCUAGCUUCUUAAUGUUUUGCAAGAUACAGUAGUUGGCAAACAGUCAAACAAGAACUGUAAUUCAGUCAGCUCAGCCAGCCAACAAUAUGCACAACUGCCUUCUGCAGGGCCAGAAUUGCCUGCAUUCAACCCUGGAGGGAAAAAAAAAUUCCCUGGAAGAGAAAGGGGCCUUUGCAUGCCUAGAGCAGCUCAGUGGGUGAAUUGCGUUAAGUUUCUCUGCAGUCAGUUAGUCAGGAUACAUUUCCUAUACAAUGAUUAGUUUAUGACAAAUUUGUAGUAAGUGCAUUGAAUUCCGUACAAUUAUAUUAAUUAGUGCAUCUUUCUACUACUGGUUUUGUGAUACAUUUGAUCACACACCUUUCCUUGGCUGUCACAAAUAAAAGGCAUGUACCAAAAGCA